AUGUUUCCGUACGUGGAGGGAUACGACGGCUAUGCCAUUAAAAAGUGGAUGUUAGACAACGUGGAUGUGCUUGGCUACCUAAGUCUUGGCUAUCUGGCGAUGGUGUGGAAGGGGCCUGCCCUGGCGAAGCAGUUGAACGGGGAGAAGGGCCGGGUGAGCAACUCUGAGGCGCUUCGCUACAUCAUCAUCGUGUGGAACAUCCUGCUCUCAACGUUCUCCUUCUUUGGCAUGAUUGUCGUGGUCCCGGCGCUGCUGCUGCGGAUCUACAGUCGAGGGAUGGUGAGAACGAUGUGUGACCAGAAUGAUGCGAUACUGUACGAGACUCCCGUGGGGUUCUGGACUGGCAUGUUUGUGCUGUCGAAAGUCCCUGAGUUGGUCGACACCGCGCUGCUGCUGUUACAGGGCAAGUUCCCACCCUUCCUGCACUGGUACCACCACGUCACGGUGAUGAUCUUCUCGUGGCACACGUACUGCGACCGCACCAGCACCAUGCUCAUCUUUGCCGCGAUGAACCUGACAGUGCACACCAUCAUGUACUUCUACUUUGCAAUGUGCGCCUGCGGCUUCAAGAAGACGAUGCGGAAGUUUGCGCCCUUCAUCACAAUGCUGCAGAUUGCGCAGAUGGUGGUGGGGACCAUGGUGACGGUGUACUCGGCGUACACGGUGUACACAACCCCGGUGGGAGCGACGCCGCGCUGCCACGUUUCCAAGUCCAACGCACGAAUGGGUGUGCUCAUGUACCUCAGCUACCUCUACCUUUUUUCCGUCAUGUUCGUCGGCGCAUACCUGCGGCCAAAGAAGCCGGCGCCCAAUUGUGCCGUCGCAGGUAAGAAUGAAUAA